CGUUGCUUCCUUCCUUUUCAAUAUAUAGGCUUCUUGAGUCCCGUGCCGUGGAGAAUUGUUUGCCUACAAGCUUCCUUUUCCUCUACUUCGCUUACCAACCUCAUUAAUCGCCCAACUCGGUCGCGUCGGACAUCUACGGAUUGUUCGAAUUCCUCUCGCCCUCGAUCCUCACCAUCGUCUUAUAAUCUAUAACCCCAUCACCCUUACCACAACCAUUCAAAAUGCGUGCCACCUUUGCUCUGCGUAACGCUGCCCGCACCCCCCUCAUCCGGUUCAUCGGCCGCCGUUCCGUGCCCCAGUCCAUUGACCACACUCCUCGCCCUCACCCCGCCUCUCCCUCCGGAGUCCUCCCGGACUCCUUCGCCGCCUACCGUUCCAAGGCUCAGCAGCACGGGCCUCUUGGCCGUGCCUCUUUCUCUCAGGGCAUUGGUCGCAGCUCGGGUGCCUCUCUGGGCCCCGUUCAGCCCAAGCAGGGCGAGUUCUUCGACCGUGACGAGCUCCCUUCUCGAUUCCACCGCCUCCCCUGGUCCGAGGCCGAGAUUGAGGCCAUUGAGACCGGUGGUGCCAGCCUGUGCGCUUAGAUCCCUAAAGGUGUUGCUCAACGAGGGACGACUCAACGAUAGCGGUCACGGAUUUGGCGAUUCACGAGUACUAUCAUGUUAAGAUAGCAUACGAUCAUUGGCUUGGGGCUGUGGCGUCCGUUAUUCUCCGAGUUCAACCAUGGAGUAGCGGGGGAGUUGUGGGGCCCGGUUCGUCUCGCACCAUCUGAACUU